AUGAAGAACAACGCGAUCUCGAAACCCUGCUCACCUCAAUCUCCAGCUAAUGCCACCGCCCCGUCAGCAGGCCAACCUGUCGUCGACGUACCCCCAAAUGGUGGCUACGGCUGGGUAUGCGUAGCAGCCGUCGCAACAAUAAACGGCCACACCUGGGGCCUCAAUUCCGCCUACGCCGUCUUCCUCGCCCACUACCUUUCCACCUCCGCCUUCCCUGGUGCCACACCUCUGCAAUACGCCUUCAUCGGUGGGCUCUCCAUAUCUCAAGCCCUCAUCGUUUCCCCAGUAGCUACUUUAACGACGAGAAGAUGGGGGACGCGCACUACCCUAUUUAUCGGUGUGGGAUUCGAGACGGUGAGCUUCAUCGGAGCCAGUUUUGCGAGUGAGAUCUGGCACUUGUUUUUGAGUCAGGGUGUGUGUUUUGGGUGGGGGAUGGGGUUUCUGUUCGUAGGCAGCGUGGGCAUUGCUGCGCAGUGGUUUACUACACACAGAUCGCUCGCUAAUGGGUGUUGUGCUGCUGGGAGUGGGCUUGGUGGGCUCAUCUACAGUCUUGCUGCUCAGGCUAUGAUUCGCGAUAUUGGCCUACCGUGGGCGUUUCGUACACUGGCUGUCAUUGCUUUCGUCGUCAAUAGUGCAUGUGCAAUGCUUAUCAAAGACCGAAAUAAGCAGAUUGGAUCCAGCCAGCUCAGUUUCGACUAUACACUGUUUGCGAAACCGCAGUUUGUGGGACUGUUGGCGUUCGGAUUCCUGAGUAUGCUGGGGUACAUUGUUUUACUCUUCAGUUUACCGAGUUACGCUCGGACAAUUGGGUUGAGUGCGCAGCAGGGAAGUAUUAUUGGUGCAGUGUUCAAUCUGGGGCAAGCAUUGGGAAGACCACCGAUUGGCUAUUUUUCCGAUUCCAUUGGCAGAUUGAACAUGGCGGGGAGCAUGACGUUCCUUGUUGGGGUGUUUUGUCUGCUGAUAUGGAUCUUUGCAAAGAGCUUUGGAGUAUUGAUCUUUUUCAGUCUGGUGGGUGGUAUGGUGGCAGGGACGUUUUGGGCGACGGCUGCGCCAGUUACGACGGAGGUUAUGGGGCUGAGAGAUUUGCCGAGUGCGUUGAGUAUUACUUGGUUGGUACUUGUGUUGCCUACUACUUUCUCCGAGCCUAUUGGUCUUGAAAUCGUAGCGUUUAAUGGAGGGAGCUAUACUGGAGCUAUUUUGUUUACGGGGUGGAUGUACAUUGGUGCUGCAGUCUGCUUGUGGAUGGUGAGAACAUGGAAGAUUGGAGAAGACGAAGAGAAUGCUGCGGCAGCUGCAAAGGGCGACGUCGAGCUAACUCCUGCUGAAGCCGAGAGCUUCCAAAGAAGCUCGUUUGUGAAGAGGAUGUUCAUGAUUCAAAAAGUUUGA